AUGACACCAACGGAAAUUUCCGUUAAUGAUCCGUUGGUGUCACCAACGGAAAUUUCCGUUGGUGAUCCGUUAGUGUCACCAUCGGAAAUUUCCGUUAAUGACACCAACGGAAAUUUCCCAAGAGCUUCCAGGGGAUCUUCUAAGGUUAAAUUUGCUACUGAAGAAGCAAAUUUAACACCCACUCAGAAAAUAUACGCAUUGAUGCAGUGCACUCCUGAUAUUUCCGAGCGUAAUUGCAGCUAUUGCCUACGAGAGACUGUGGGAUAUUAUCGAUCUUGUUGCUAUGGGAAACAAGGAGGUUAUGUUAAUAAACCUAGCUGUAUUUUCCGAUGGGAAUUGUAUCCAUUUUAUAAUUCUAUUGCUGAUGCUCCAACUCUUUCACCUUCGCCGCCGCCUCCUCCGCCACUCAGUAUUUUUCCUCCACCAGCCAAUAACACCACCACCAAAGAUAACGGAGCUACAGCAGCUCGAACUGUUGUAAUCAUCACUGUUCCUACAAGUUUCUUCGCAGCACUUGUUGGCCUCGCUUGCAGCUUUUUCUAUUAUAGGAGCUGUAAGAAAAAGACCGAAAGUAAGUUAUCAUCGUUGUUCUAUGUAAUUAACCUUGGUCUCUGUUUGAUUUGAAGGGAGAAAAACUAAGAAAUUUGUUGAUUUUGUGAAGAUUUG